GCAAACAAAUGUACAAACGCAAUUACACAAACACAUAAUUGCAUUUGUAUAAUUAGUCAAAGCAAGAGGCCAGUGACAUUACAUCCUGUUUCUAUCAUUCUUCAAAACAAACAUGCACACCACGUUCUUCCAACCAUUCACUUAAACUAAGAAUUAAACACCAAAACAUCCUCCCCACAAUUAUCCAUCACAAAACACUUUGCUUCUAUCCCUUUCUCUCUGUACCUGCAGAAACACAACCUUUUUCUUCACAAAUUUUCAUUCUUUUUCACCUCACAAACAAACCCCCAUUUCAUUAACUUUCUUGUCAUAAGUUCCAUUUUCUAAGACACAUUUUUAUAGAAUGUGUGAAACAUGAUUCUUGAAACGAACAAUAAUUCAAUGGCUGGAUGCAAGUCACGUUUGGCCAACGAUUCAACGGUCACUAGCCCUCGUUCAGAUAUGGAGUUGAUGAAGGAAAAGUUUUCAAAGUUGCUCCUUGGUGAGGAUAUGUCUGGUGGAGGAAAGGGUGUCUCGUCUGCGCUGGCUUUGUCAAAUGCAAUCACAAAUCUAGCAGCUUCUGUUUUCGGAGAGAGGAAAAGAUUAGAGCCAAUGCCAGCUGAGAGAAAAGCAAAAUGGAGAAAAGAAAUUGGUUGGCUUUUAUCUGUCACAGAUCACAUUGUUGAAUUUGUUCCUUGUAGACAAGUAUCAAAAACUGGAACAAACAUGGAGGUUAUGGUAACAAAGCAGCGAUCUGAUCUUCAAAUGAACAUUCCAGCUCUACGGAAGCUAGAUGCAAUGCUUAUUGAUUGCUUAGAUGGCCUUAACGAUCAAAGUGAGUUCUCGUAUGUAUCAAAAGAUGAUGAAUCACAGGAAGAAACAAACAGCAGGAAAGAUGACAAAUGGUGGAUACCUACUCCUAAGGUUCCUCCUAACGGCUUGUCUGAUCCAAUGAGGAAAUGGCUGCAAUUUCAGAAGGAUUCAGUAAUCCAAGUUCAUAAAGCGUCCAUGGCGAUAAAUGCUCAAGUCUUGUCAGAAAUGGAGAUCCCAGAAAGUUAUAUAGAAUCCCUACCUAAGAAUGGGAGAGCAAGCCUAGGAGAUUCGAUCUACAAAAGCAUCACCGAUGAAUACUUUGAUCCAGAUUACUUCUUCACAACUAUGGACAUGUCUUCAGAACAUAAAAUUUUAGACCUCAAGGACAGGAUUGAGGCUUCUGUAGUUAUCUGGAAAAGAAAGAUGAAUGCUAAAGAUGGGAAAUCAUCCUGGGGUUCAACUAUUAGCUUUGAGAAGAGAGAAAUGUUUGAAGAAAGAGCAGAAGUCAUCUUGUUAAUUCUUAAGCAGCGGUUCCCUGGAAUUCCUCAGUCAAAACUAGACAUUAGUAAAAUCCAAUACAACAAAGAUGUGGGGCAAGCUAUUUUAGAAAGCUAUUCAAGAAUAAUAGAAAGCAGGGCAUUCACAAUCAUGUCACGAAUUGAAGAUGUUCUCCAAGCAGAUGCUAUUGCCCAAAAUCCUUCCAAUGGAGAAGUAAAGAGACCAUUAUCAGAUAAAGAAGAAGUAGGAAAGCUUAACUCUGCUGAGAAUGGAACUUCAUUGACACUUUUAGACUUCAUCGGUUGGACACCUGAUCAAGAAGACAACAACACAAAGAAAUAUUUGAAGGAGGACCCAACUUAUAAAGAUAUUAACGCGAAGAUUAAAUGCAACCCUUCUAGCAUAGUCACCAACAAGAGGUUUUCUUACCUAGAGAACUUAGGUAUGUGUAGAAGUCCAACUGCACGUCACUAAUUGAUUGGCACUGCAGAAUUUUAGUUUACCUCACGAGGACUGCCAUCAGAAUUCACGGAAGUCUGAAAGCUCGUCCUCAAAUGUACAUAUUGAGAUGGAUCUCACCCAUUUAGGAUUCAACUAAGCCAUUCCUUUUGUAAGUAGGGAAAAUUUAGUAGACCUAUUUGGUCUGUGGCACUUCUUUUGAAGUGAUUUACUGUGUACAAGAUGUCACCUUGUUGAAAAAACAAAGUGAAUUUUUUAUUUUUUGCAAAUAGUACUAUAUAUGUUAGUUUGUAUGGCCUUUGGUCUUUAGAUUUAUUGGAAAGGAAGUAUGUAAGAGAGAUUUGGUGUCCAUA